AUGAGGGCGCAUGUCCGAUCCAUAGUAAUUAUUCUGGGCUUGGCGUCACUGAGUCAGGCCGCCGCAUACGAUCGGCUUCAAGAAGCUCAAGCCCCCGCGACCACUGGGAAUAUCGCCAAUGGCAUCGUGAGCAUGAUGAGCCGCCUCGGCGUGGGCGGCCAGACGGUGACUGAGACCGUCCUCCAAACCAUCACUGUCGGGGGCGGCGGUGGUGAAGUCGCUGCGGCUGCUGUAAACGGAACCACUAUGACCGUGACCGUGACAGCCCCGGCGUCCACCGUCACGGUUUGCCCAUCCCAGGCCCAAGGAGCUGCAGCGGGUGGAGGAGGUUCCGCCGCUGGAACGCCAUCCAUAAUCGCCGUCAACGGGGCAGAUAAUUCAGGCGGCGGGGGAGCGUCGAACGUUGCCCAUGGCGGAAUCGGCGUCACGGUGAUUUCAGUUCCCGAGAACGCUAAAAUCACCACCAGCGCCGGCGGGCAAGCGGCCGCCUCCUCUCAAGGAGCAUCGCCCCCACCACCACCACCUCCUCCUCCUCCGCCGGCGGAUGCUGCAUCUUCCGGCGCCCUAGUAGCAACGAGCUCAGCCCUCCAAGCGCUCCCAACCAGCCAAUCUGGCGGCAACGGCGCCAACCAGUCGGGUCUCUCCCCACUCUCAAGCAGCGUCUCCAACGCAGCAGCAGGUGGCGGCGGCGCUACCUCAUCCACCGGCCUCUCUCCCCUUCCUUCGUCAGCGGCUGCCCCCAUUGUCGGCGCACCCAUAUCCGACAGUUCCGGAGGUGCGGCGGCCGCUAGCAGCACAUCGCUCGCCGCGCUCCCCGGCUUGUCCACUUCUACCUCGACGGGCGAGACCCUGGCCGUGAUCCCGACAGACAUAGGCAGCGCUCCCAUCGCGACUCCGAUUUCGAACCCGGUUGGUGCUUUUGGCGGUAGUGCCGGUGUGAUUCCCCUUUCGGAGGCUGCGGUUAUUGUGGAUACUGCAGCGACUGCAGCGACGGCAGUGACGGCGGUAGCUACGGCCGCGGGGACGGCGUUGACUACUGCGGGGACGACGCCUGGUGUCGCGAAUGGUGCGGGUGUUGGUCCGCCGUCGAUUGAUGUGUCUGGGUUGACGCUGUCGAGUCAGUUGAAUUUGGGGAAUUUGGCGAAGCAGACUGCUAUUCCGACGGCUUAG